AGAUUGGGCGUGCUCCAUUUCUGACGCGUGUGCACUCAUACUCUCCAGCUGCAGCAGUGUUUCUAAGGAUACAAACAUCAAGUAGGGCUAGAACUGAUCCUGCAAAAAAACGAUCGCUUUUCGCCAGGGGAUCCCCUGAUAAAAGCAAUAUUGCUUUCGAAGGUGCACGCUGUCGAAGCCAAGAUACGUGUUUAAGAGGUCCUGCAGACCCCAUGCAACUGCAGGACGGAGGUCUUUCACAGCAAAAGCUGGAUCAGUUUCAACGCGAUGGCUUUCUGGUACUUGAGGGCUUUGCAAGCCCAGACGAGGUAGCAGAUCUGAGACAGCGUGCUGGAGAGCUAGUGGAGGGUUUUGAACCUGCUACACGGUCUGUGUUCUCUACAAAGUCUCAGGCGAGCACCACUGACGAUUACUUCUUGGAGAGCGCCAACAACAUCAGCUUCUUCUUUGAGGAGAAUGCAUUCCAAGAAGAUGGCAAGCUGCGACAAGACAAGGCACUUUCAAUCAACAAGAUAGGCCACGCUCUCCAUGAUGCAGAUCCCGCAUUCAGAAGCUUUUCGAGGUCCCAGAAGGUUGCGCAGCUGAUCAGCUCCCUGGGUUUCAAGAGGCCACUGCCGGUGCAGUCCAUGUACAUCUUCAAGCAACCGAAGAUUGGAGGGGAGGUGCGGCCACACCAGGAUUCCACCUUCCUGUACACGGACCCGCCAUCUGUGGUGGGGCUGUGGUGGGCGCUGGAGGAUGCCACGCGCACAAACGGCUGCCUGUGGGCCCACCCGGGCUCACACGCCAGCGGAGUCGCUCGGCGCUUCUUAAAAACACCGGACAACAAGGUGACAUUCGACAAGGAUGUGGACUACCUGCAGCUGUUCAACAAAGAGGAGUUUGUGCCUCUGGAGGUGCCGAGCGGAUCUCUUGUGCUGUUGCACGGUGCCAAUGUGCACUUCAGCUAUGAGAAUCAGUCAGGCAAGAGCCGGCAUGCGUACAGCAUGCAUGUUAUUGAGGGAGCGUCCAGCCACAACUACUCACCAGAUAACUGGUAA